GCCCGGGAAAUUGCUGUGGAGGCAGAGACGGGGCAGCCGUGGUGGGCCUGACCCACUGCUCGGCCCAGGGAGGGACGGAGGCCACGCUGCCUCUCGUGUCCCAGAGCCAUGUGGCUGGUGUGUCCCUGGCUGCUUGGGAAGCAUCCUGCGGGUGGCGGGCGGGCCUGACUGCCGGGGUGGACGGGGCGUGAGCCGGCCGAGGGCACUUGAGGAGGCCCCAGGAGCGUGGCAGACUGCAGGUUCCCCCGGGAAGGGGCAGCGGCGAUGGCGGGGGGACAAGGCCACGAGGGGACUGUUGUCCCCAAGAAGCAGGUCGGUGCUGGCCCCUGCAGGAGGUGGCCAGGACGCGGGAAGGGGCCCCUCCAUUCAUGCGGGGGCUGCGCCACGGCUCUGAGCUUGAAGCUCAAAGGCCCUGGACGAUGGGCUUUGGAUGGUGGCCGGCAGAGGAUGGGGGCUGGCAGAGGACGGGGGCCGGCAGAGGACGGGGGCUGGCAGAGGACGGGGGCUGGCAGAGGACGGGGGCCGGCAGAGGACGGGGGCCGGCAGAGGACGGGGGCUGGCAGAGGACGGGGCGGGGCGACGCCGGAGCAGAGGCUCCAACAGCCUGCAGGGGUCCGGGCUGGAGGCCGGGGCGGGGAGAGAGGCAGGGGCUAGCGGAAGAGGGAAGAGGCAGGAGGCCCAGGGUGAUCGCUGCUCCCCGACCCGGUUCCGACGGCGACGCCCAAGCUGCGGAGAGUCCCAGGUGUCCCCCUCAGCAUGCGAUGCAGUAACACGGACCCUGCCGCGCAGGCUUCCUGAGGGGGCGUGGGUGCAGGCGGCGAUCCCGGACGAUAGUGGGACUGUCACAGUGGCCAGCAGGCAACUGGCUCAGAGAGGACCCACGGGCUGUGUGGUUGGAAGAGGAAGAAGCCAACACCGGCCAGGGGUAGAAGCCACGGUCACCGGAACCGAGGGAGCCACAGACAGGCCCAGGAGAGGUCAGCCCCAACAUACAGCACAUCUCAGGACUGACAACCGGGAGGCGGGACUUCCUGCUGCCAGGGGCGGGGCGGCAGGUACCCCCACUCUCCCAAAGCCCCCACCCGCCUCUGCCUCUGCCACAUCCCACCCCCAGUGCGCCUGCUCCCGAGUCACGGCUCCUGAGCCAGAGCCGGCUGCCCGGUCGGCUCGCCCAGGGUGCCUGCCGGGGAUUCCUGGUGUGCACACACUGGAGGUGUGCCAUCAGAGCCCAGCAAGGUCCCCCCCAGGAGCUUCCUGUCUUCAUGCAGACAGCCCCGGGGUGAAAGGGCGGCAGGGGCGGGCUGCCCAGUGGCUGCAGGGUCUCAAGAUGACGGCAUCCUGACUGCUUGGGUGGCCCUAGGUCCAAUGGCGAGGUCCUCGGGAGAGACAGGAAGAGGGAGACCCAGAGAGAGAGGAGGAGCCUACGAACACGGAGCGGCCCUGACAGCUCCGGAGCCGGAAAGCACACUGCCGAAACUGACUCCCUUUACCAAGUGCAUUGCCGAGGCCACCUGCGUGUUCGGUGUUGCCCUCCUGUUGGCCUCGUGCCGCCUGCGGGACCCUGUCUCCUUCCUCCCCGCCCCCUCGGGCGCCCCACGAUGCCAGCAUUUCCAAGUGGAAAUGGGAUGACACCGGCCCACCUCUGGAGAAGCCAGCAGUGGGACCGCCUCGGCUGGGGCUGGAGCUGGCGCUUCACUGGGAGCCGAAGGAGAGACACAGCUGCCCGGUCGGCUCUGCCCUCGCCGUCAGCACCUCCGGGCGGCUCGGCGUCCGUGCGUCACGCCCGCCCUGUCUCAUGUGUUCCCCCGCCCGCGGUCAGAAGUAUUUGGGAGGCUCCACAGAUGUCGUUUUAUCUCUGCCUCUCUUUGUUAUUCAAAUGAGGGGAGGGCAACAUGGCGGGAUGGUUUUAAUUAGCAGCAGAAUAACUGCGUCUUGGGCCGCAGACCCGCAGAUCUGAAGUGGAUUUGCAGACAGGAAUUCGUGAAUCCUUCCAGUGUGCAAACUGUCACUCCGCUCCCAAGGAAGGAGUGGGCCCUGGGAGACGCGCAGGGCCGGUGUGACAGCCGCUUCAGCGCCUCGCGGCCCUGGCUGGGCGGAGACGCAGAGCGAGGGCCGCGGCAGGAGCCGCUCACCCCCACCCACAGGCCGCACAGCCCCGGGAGAGCGUUCGUGGCCCGCCCGCCGGAGGACCCGCGAGAGAACAACAUGCUCAUCACUGGAGCACGUCCUGGCGGUCCUGGCGCGCUCACAGCUUCCUGCCACGUGGCCGUCAGGGUGCAGGGGGCCGUGGUUCCUGCCUGCGGUGCUCAGCGUGGCCUCCGCCGGGGUAGCACCAAGGGAACCACGAACGAGAAACCCCAGAGUGGAGGGCGGCCCUGGUGGCGCUGACUCAGAAGCAACGGCCGGGUUCCAGUGGCGCCGCCCGUGGGCCCUGCACCCCAAAAAGCUGGGCCCACCUCUGAACGCCCACCCCUGGAUUGUGCCCUCAUCUGGAGAAAGGGUCUUUGUGGAUGUGACGACGCCGUCCCGGCCUGUCUGGGCGGCCCUAAAUCCAGAGAUAAAAGAGGAGGAGCCGUAUGGGGGCAGCCGUCCUCCUGCAGGCUGGGUCAGCUCUGGAGCCACCAGAAGCUGGAAGAGGCGGGGGAGGACCCCAGAGCCUGGGGAGAAAGUGUGGCCCCGCCACCCACCAGGGGCCCGGACUCUGGCCUCCAGGACUCUGCAAGAAGCAAUCCGUUGCCAGCCACCACGUCUUUGUUGCUUCGUUCCUGCCGCUGGAAGGACAGCGCAGGUGACAGAAAGUCAUGUCAGCCCCUGCGGGAGAGGGCGCCCUGCCAACAGCAGACGCUGGGAGGACCGUUGCCACCGCCCGUCCUGCUCACGGGCACGGGAGGACGGAGCAGACACCAGGGAGAGGCCACGGACUACCAGGUCCCGGGUCCCAGAAGUCGGGGGACCUUCAGCAUUGUUCCCAGACACAAACGACCUGCGGAACCUUCAGACACACGCAGCUCAAGGCCAGUCCCCCUCUUACUCCCCAAACUUGAGGGUGCGAUGCCAAGGCUGAGCCCCUCAUCCCGAUCCACCCAUCCAUCGCAGCUUUUCCCUGUGAGACCCAGGAGUCCCCUCUGACCCCUGGAGCAGGCUCAUCCGUCCACAGCCUGCAGGAUCAGAGCGCGUGCCCAGGGGACAGGGACCGACCGGGGCUCGGCUGGGCGCCCGUGGUGCGGAACGGCGCAGGCUCCCAGUGUGGACCUCUGGCAGUCUGCCAGGUUCCAGGUGGGGGCACAGCACGCUCUCAGCGCCGGGCAGCAUCCCCGGGGAGCCACCGGUGCCCCUUCAGUCUUGAUUUGCGUGGUUGGUUAGGACACAGCCCCGUCAUGAGUCGGGGCGUCCCUAUAGAAAAGCUAGGAUUUUCAUGUCACCAGGGCAUCGCAAGGAAGAGCGGGAGAGCCUGAAAGGCACUUAUGAAUGAUGACUCAGCGUUUCUAAAAUCUGGCAAAUGAUACGAAGCUGUGGAUUUGAGAAGCUGGGUGAACCCCAAACAGCAUGAACUCAAAGAACCCAAACCCAUCAGAACCGAACCCCAGGAAAAAGGAGCCAAAGUCCUUGAAGCGAGGACCAUGGAGCCAGCUGAGUGACAGCAAGCGCGUGGCGGGAGGCGGCACAGCAUUCCCAGGCCUGCAGGGGAGAAGCGACGAGAAUUCACACCUGGCACAGGGGUCCCUGGGGCAGGGCAGUGGCGGUGUGCUGGCAUGCACGGGGAGAGGUCAGGAAGGAACGGAGACUGGCGCUCCAGGAGGAGCGGUGGGGAGACCCCGUCACCAAGCAAGGCGGCCCUGGGACCCCGUGGGGGAGGACGCGGCAGGGGGACCGCGCGUGGCACCCGCGAGUGCUGCCCUGCAGUUGUCCUUACUGCUUGGUCCUCAGAGACAACCCUGGGGGUGCCUGAGCUGCUCCCGUGAGCUUGUGGAGGUGGCCCGGGAGUCAGGGGUCAGAGGUCAGAGGUCAGAUGCCUCUCCUGUUCCACCCCAGGGGGAGGCCUCAGUCCUGGAGUUCUGCCAGAGCUUGACGGAGCCUAGAGAGGGUUUCAGACUCCAGGUGGGCACGCACCCUGGGCUGGGGGCUGACCCAUGUAAGUGAGAGCCACAGAGACCACGUGGUGCCCACGUGGCACUUCCAGCGUGUUUAAGAUGGGGGGCCCGGGCCGAAGGGUGGCUGUACCGAGUGGAGGUCAUCCCCGUGUGGCAGGGAGACAGCGCUGUCAGCAGCGUCGGCGCCACGGGAGCCGCACAUUCACCAGCUGUGCAUGGGAAACUGGAAUUUGCAAAACCACAGACGGCAACUCCAGUGUCCAUCACCACAUUCACGCACAGGGGAGACCACCACGCGGCCACGGGAAAGGUUCUAGGGAGAGGCAGGGGAAGCAGACACACAGCAUGAGGGCCACGGUCCACCUCCUACAGAGCACCAGGCCCACGCAUGGCACUGCCCACGUCCUGAACAGAACGGUGACUCGAGGCGAGAGGCUAAGGACACGAGGGACCCUGUGGGGAAUUUCUGGGGUGCUACGAAUCCUGGGAGCUGCUUUCCGGGGUGUGUGAGUUUGUGUGCACCGAGACGCAUGCUCCUCUGCACCUCACCGAACAGUUUCAAACCCGAGGGGCCGGUGCUGUGGCGUAGCCGGCAAAGCUGCCACCUGUGACACCAGCAUCCUAUAUGGAUGCUGGUUCGAGUCCUGGCUGCUUCACUUUCCACCCAGUUCUCUGUUAAUCGCCUGGGAAAAGCAUCAGGAGAUGGCCCAAGUGCUUGGGCCCCCACCCCAUGUGGGAGACCCAGAUAAAGCUCCUGGCUUCAGCCUGGCCUAGCCCCGGCUGUUGUAGCCAUCUGGGGAGUGAACCAGCAGAUGGGAGAUCUCUCUCUCCCUCUCUCUCCCCCUGUAAGUCUGAUUUUCAAAUAAAUAAACAAAUCUGGUAAAAGAACAACAAAGAAACAUCUGUCAAUAUAAAGUCAGGCAGGGUUUCUACUUGCUGGGGACCUCAUUGCUCCGCCGGGGCUGCACCUUCAACGCGGAACGUUGUCCUGUGCGCAGGGUGUGAGCCGGGCACAACGUCCUCUGUACACCGUGUCCCAUGCAAGCACCAGGCAGCCUUUGCACCUUGGCCGGGAAGUUUUGCGGCGGCCUCACCUCGCUCUGGGGUCAGCCCUUGUUUGCACACUGGACGUUUGCUCCUCCAUCGGCCGUCUCAGUGCUGUGGACUGAGAGGGACGUUUGGAAAGGUAACGGGGCGUGGGCAUGGGCGUGGGCGUGGGCUAGAGGUGUCGAUUGGUCCACCACCACCACAGCAACUCCGGAGCAGGCAUCUUCCACGUGGCCCUCCUGUCCUGGGUGGCCACUCCCUGACCCUGGGUGCACAGUGGCCGCAGCCCUGGGCAGUGCAGGCUGGCUCCUGCCCAUGCCCACAGACCUUGUCCCCCAGCCCCCAGCAGCCUGCCUGACCCUGCCAGUGCACUCCGAGCACCUUUUGAAGGGUGCUGAGGGCUGAAUGUCCGUCCCCUCCCAACUCCCUGCGCUGGAACUCUGCCAUCAAGGGACUUCAGGUCUGCGGGCGCCUUGACGUUGGACUUUCAUCCUCCAGACAGAACUGUGAGAAAUAAAUUCCUUCUAAAUGUCUACUCCUAUACCAUCCUCAGCCUGUGCUAUUCUGUUACAGCGACCGAAUGGAUCAAGAUACGGCCUCUCUCCCUCCCAUUCGCUCUCUGAGGACUUGAAGUUUGUCUGCUUACAGAGUGCGGCUUGGGUGACUCUACCCACACUAGUGCCUGGGGCGUGGGUUCUGUGUGUCCCCUGGCUGACACGCGGGGGUCACAGCACACCUCUGGGCCCCGCAGCCUGGCGCCCCACAGCCCAAGACGAGCAUGGAUCUGGGCCCACACCCGCACCUGAGUUUCUCCUCCCUUUACAGCCUUUUCUAGGACACUUUCCUUAACUAUGUAUUUAUUUAUUUUUAUUCUUUGUUUGACAGUCAGAGUUCCAGAGAGGGAGAAGAGACAGGGAGAGAUCCCCUAUCUGCUGGUUCACCCCCCAGAGGGCCGCAAGGGCCCCGGCUGGGCCAGGCGAGGCCAGGAGCUUCAGCUGGGCCUCCCGCGUGGGUGCCAGGACCCAAGCACGGGGCCGUCCUCCACGGCUUUCCCGGGUGCAUUAGCAGGGAGCUGGACUGGAAAUGGAGCGGCCAGGUCCCAACCCGGCGCCCGUGUGCGAUGCUGGUGUCACAGGUGUAUUUCGCCUGCCGCACCACAGCGCCGGCCCCAGGGCAUUGUCUUCCAGGCCACGCCCUGCACCACGGAUGCACGGUGUGGAACGUUCCAGAUUCUCCUGGGUUCAAUUACGGAGCAACUUCGGGUGUUUUCUGCCCACCGUGCUGAGACCCCAGCCCCGUGGAGCCCACAGCUCUGCCAGGGGUUGCAGGCUUCCUUCCUUCCUUCCUUCCUUCCUUCCUUCCUUCCUUCCUUAAAUUAGCUCCUGUCAGUGUUGGAGCCGGCAUGGAUGAACCUCGUGACAACUGGGUCCUCUGUACCCACGGCCGCCAUCCGCUUGGCCUUGUCCUCGCCCACCUGCUGCACCCACACCACCGUGCGUGUGGCCUCAUCCUCUCUCGCCUGCUGCACCCAUGGCUGUCGUCCGCGUGGCCUCAUCCUCGCCCGCCUGCUCUUCCUUCCUCUUCCUCCCCUCUCUCCCUUCCCUGUUUGCUGAGCCCACUUGCACCUGACUUCUUGCCAAAGCAGUUACUUUUUUGGAAGUUACGGAUAUUCUCAAGGAUCUUAGUUUGACUUAACGUAGAAGAGACGGGUGCUUGCAUGGUGUUUGCUCAGUCUUCCCGCCUGGAGACGCGGGACGGCGGGCUAGCUGUUUCGUGUCCCCCCUCUUGGCACCCCGACUGCCCAACGUCAGAACGUGGCUGACAUCCGUGGCGACGGGCGCCCCGACUUCCCAGCCGGGCAGCUCAGGGCCUCGGGCAGCUCAGGGCCUGCUGCUCUCUGUCUCUAGCAGUCGCUCUUUCUCCGGGGCCGGGUCUCCUGCUUCCUGCCUUCUUCGUCUCUCUCCACCCCCGCUGGUUCCCGUCUUCCCUCGGCAUCUCUGGACGUUCAUUUUGAGACGACGUCCCGGAAGACUGGGUUCUUCGCGUUCUGCAGGGGACGCCUUGCCGCCUCCGGCCCCGACUGCCCAGCGUGCGCCCCGUGGUCCCCCUCGCUGCAGCUGGCAGCUGGCCCUCGUCUCCUCACCCCAGCCCCUCCUCCCUGGGCCCCGCUCCCAUGAGCCUGGGGUACAGGGGCCGCUGCCUCGCCCUCUCCCCCGGGUGGCCUCUCAGCGCUCCUUCCUGGGUGCGAGGCUGCCACACGCCUUCCCUCCUCCUCCAGCGUCACCCGGGGGAGCGUCUCGCGUGUGGCCCUCGCAAACCUCUCCCCUCCCUCGCCCAGCACUGCCCCAUUCCCGGGUGCCUGGGCUGCUCCCUCGGGCUUUCCCUGCACCGCUUCCCACCACAGAAGCUUCCCUGCCGGCCUGCGGCCCGGCCUCCGUCCCUGCUCUGCCCAGCACGGAGGCUGCAGGACUGCUCGUGGGACACGCGCCGAGGUCGGAGAGGACCUGUUUUCUGAGCUUUAUCAAACCAGGAAGCUUGGGGGGGGGGUAGUUCAGGAAGUCCCGAGGGAGCAAGAAUGCACACUUCUCCCAGCGGCCCCCCGGGGUGGUUGGGGUCCCUUUGCCCGGCGACCUGAAAGCCUCAUGCUAAAGGCAGGGGUGCGGCGUUCCCCAGACACGGGGCGUGGUUCAUUCCAGGCCCCGGCGAGGCCGGUUAUUGCUGUCUGUUGCCUCCUGACGCCAGGCAGCACUGGCGAGCUGCGGUCCCCGCCUGGGAGGAGAGGAGAGAGAGGAAGGGCUGCAGAUCCCCUGCCUCAACUUGGGACAGCCAGAGUGAAGGGUCAAGUGCUUCCUGCAGGGCAGGCUGCCUCGGGCCGUGGGCAGCUUUCUUGGUGCGGUCAGUCCUCGGGAGAGGCCUGCGCUGGUCUGCAGGGGGCGCCACAGGGGUUACGCCACGGGACACAGAGGGCAGGGCCGUGCCCAUCAGGAGCUGGUCUUGUCUGAGCCCAGGCCUUGUGGCUCCAGGGUGGGGUGAGGCCCCCAGCGCUGCGUUCUCAGGCAGACCACCGCCUGCCUGUGGCCAUGCACUUGCUGGUGGAGAAGCAGAGUGGCUUCUCGGGGCACGGCCACACUGCUUGGACGCCCUCGGUGCAGGGCCGGUGUCUGUGGAGCCCCCUCCUCACGCUCCCAGAUGCCAGCGUGGGGUCUCUUCCGGUGUCCUGAUCCAAGCCUCACGUGCACACGCAGCUCGCACAACACUGCAACUUUUCCUCUUGCACUCACCACUUCUGGUCAACACAGGCCUGGGAGAGCAGCAAGAGAAAGAAGUACAAGACCUGAACUAGAGAGAGGGAAGGGAGACGACCUCCGACCCUGUGCAGAGCUGAUUCUAAAGAUUACACACACACAGACACACACAGAGACACACAGAGAGAGAUACACACACAGACACACACACACAGAGAUACACACACAGACACACACAGAGACACACACAGAGACACACAGAGAGACACACAGAGAGAGAUACACACACAGACACACACACAGAGACACAUAGAGAGAGAUACACACACAGAGAUACACAGAGAGAGACACACAGAGACACAGACACACACAGAGAUACACAUAGAGACACAGAGAGAGAUACACACACAGAGAUACACACAGAGACACACAGAGAUACACACACAGAGAUACACACACAGACACACAGAGAGAGAUACACACAGACACAUACAGAGACACACAGAGAGAGAUACACACACAGACACACACACAGAGAUACACACAGAGACACACAGAGAUAUACACACAGACACACACAGAGACACACAUACUCACAGAGACACACAUAGAGACACACACAGACACACUCACAGAGACACACAGACACACACACACUCACAGAGACACACAUAGACACACACACAGAGAGACACACACAGACACACACAGACACACUCAUAGAGACACACAGAUACACACACACAGGCACACACAGAUACACAUACCAAACACACACAUACACACACUGACACACACAUACACAUCUGCACACACAUACCCAUCCCCCCAUACACACACCUACACACAUACCCACCCACACAUA